CAUCCGCUUUCUCCCAACCCCGCUGGAGAGGUAUGACUGGAAAAGCUAACUAGCUGUAAAACCAUAGUUUCUAAACCUUUUUAUUUCUACACUAUAAUACUACAAUUUGGUUUUCAAGUCAAAGAGCUCAGUGGUAGGGCGAUCAAAUAUCUGAACCGUCAAAAUCCAGAAUGAGACGACACACAACAUAUAAUGAUGAAGACCUGCGCGAUGCUACCAGGAGGAAAGGCGAGAAGGUCCCUGAGGAUAAACAACACGAAUCCACCAUUUACUCAUUCAGGACACAGGAGCAGGACACAGCAGCCACAGGCUUCCAGCGCUUCCUCAAUGUCCUCAACAAAGGGGUGGACAUCAACAAGCUCUCAAAGAUUGUCAACAACGUGAAUGAGUUACCCCCUAUUCAGGAGGGCCAUCCCAAGACUGCCUACAGGAGUGAGUAUACGGAGGCCCCAGCUCAGAACUCUCAGGAUUGCUUGGGGCCCCAGAGUAGAGCUCUGCCACAAGACAACAGUCACUCACACAUUCGUGGAGAAAGGAGGCCGGAUCUCCCACAUGGCCAGCUCCAGAGCCUGCUGGAGUCCAUCGGGCUAGACCUGGGGGUGGAGGAGUUGGGCCGACUGACAGACCGGACCAAGGAGAAGCUAUACGGAAUGAAGAGAGACCAGGAGAGGAGUCCCUUGACGUCAGACAGGCACUCUAGUGCUAGAGACUGGGACAGAGAACGAGACGAGGACACAGAGGGGGACAGAUCUAAGAGAAAUGGAGAAAGAGACCGGGACAGAGACUGGGCCAGUUCUGAGAGAGACCGAGAGAGAGACGGGGACAAAUCUGAGAGAGACCGGGACAGGCGCUCUAAUACCAUGGACAGGCGCUCUGGUCCCAGGGACAGGCACUCUAGUACCAGGGACAGAGACAGACACUCUGGUUCCAGAGACAGGGACAGGCACUCGGGUACCAGGGACAGCAACAGGGACAGACGCUCUAGUACCAGGGACAGCAACAGGGACAGGCGCUCUAGAACCAGGGACAGCGAGAGAGAUAGGCACUCUGAUACCAGGGACAGUGAGAGAGACAGGCCCUCUGGUACCAGUGACAGGGGCUCUAGUACCAGGGACAGAGACGAGGACAGGCGCUCUAGUACCAGGGACAGAGACGAGGACAGGCGCUCUAGUACCAGGGACAGAGACGAGGACAGGCGCUCUAGUACCAGGGACAGAGACGAGGACAGGCGCUCUAGUACCAGGGACAGAGACGAGGACAGGCGCUCUAGUACCAGGGACAGAGACGAGGACAGGCGCUCUAGUACCAGGGACAGAGACGAGGACAGGCGCUCUAGUACCAGGGACAGAGACGAGGACAGGCGCUCUAGUACCAGGGACAGGCGCUCUAGUACCAGGGACAGGCGCUCUAGUACCAGGGACAGGCGCUCUAGUACCAGGGACAGAGACAGGGACAGGCGCUCUAGUACCAGGGACAGAGACAGGGACAGGCGCUCUAGUAACAGGGACCGAGACAGGGACAGGCGCUCUAGUAACAGGGACCGAGCCAGGGACCGACGCUCUAGUAACAGGGACAGAGACAGGGACAGGCGCUGUAGUACCAGGGACUGGGACAAAGAAAGUGACAUGGAUUGGUAUAGGGACAAGUCCAAGGAAAGCUCUGCUGAGCUCAACACAUACUCUAAGGACCCUAUAUAUCCUCUUUCUCACCCUCCUAAUGCAUCUAUGAUGGCAACCUUCUCCACCACCCAGUUCUCUCUCUAUACCAGCAGCCCCUACGCCAAUGCCUUCCCUCCAGGUUGGGGUUAUCCCCCUGGCACCAUGCCACCUGGCCUUAUGCCCCCUGGCACCAUGCCCCCUGGUACCAUGCCCCCUGGCACCAUGCCACCUGGCCUUAUGCCCCCUGGCACCAUGCCCCCUGGUACCAUGCCCCCUGGCGCCAUGCCCCCUGGCCUUAUGCCUCCUAGUACCAUGCCCCCUAGCCUUAUGCCCCCUGGUACCAUGCCCCCUGGUAACAUGCCCCCUGGCUUUAUGCCUCCUGGUACCAUGCCACCUGGUACCAUGCCCCCUGGUAACAUGCCCCCUGGCUUUAUGCCUCCUGGUACCAUGCCCCCUGGCCUUAUGCCUCCUGGUACCAUGCCCCCUGGCCUUAUGCCCCCUGGCUUUAUGCCCCCUGGCUUUAUGCCCCCUGGUAUUAUGCCACCUGGUAUUAUGCCCCCUGGUAUUAUGCCCCCUGGUAUUAUGCCUCCCUUCCCAUACCCCCCCCCUGGGUAUCCACCCUACCCCAGCGCCCCACCAAAUUACUCUAAUAGCACAGCAGCCUUAAGCCAGACAUACGCAUACACCCAAGCUGCUAGCAACCUCCAGCUCUCAUCUGCACAGCCUGCCAGUAACCACCAGUUAGCAUAUAUCCCACUCCCAUACAACCAGCCCACUGGCACCCUCCAGCAGCUAAACACCAAGUCCACUGGCAACCUGCUCCAGCUCAUGAACCUCCAACUCCCAAACAGCAAGCCCGCUAGCACCCGCCAGCUUACAUACAUCCAGCCAGCUAGCAACCCCCAGGUCAAAUCUACCCAGCCUGGUGGGACCCGCCAGCUUACAUACAUCCAGUCCGCUAGCAACCCCCAGGUCACAUCUACCAAGCCCGCUAGCACCCGCCAGCUUACAUACAUCCAGACUGCUAGCAACCCCCAGGUCACAUCUACCCAGCCCAAUAGCGAACUCAAGUUCACAAGCACGGCUGUACUGACGCCAGCACUGAAAGUGUUGACCCCAGGCCCCAUCUCCUUGAGCAAGGUCCAACAACUGAAGGAGCCGUCACCCCCCCGCUGUCUGCAUUACGUUAAGACGGUGGUGCCCAAGGGCAGCAAGCGCCGCAUGAGACGGUCAAGAGUCACGAGAAACAGGCAGGCGCUUGAAGUAAGGUGUAAUAAAUACAGGAAAGAGGUUCUGAGAAAGAGGAGAAUAUAUCGAGAUCUCCAAGGGAAGAGAGAUGGACUGAUUGCAAGAGCUGCAGCGAAAGUGGCCGCUCAGUUGGCUGCAAGGUAUCCCAGGGCCCUCUCUGAAGCGGAGGCAGAGAGCAAUGUUGAAGGGGAGAAAAAAACAAUGCCUGAAGAAGCGAUUAAGGGGAAACUAAAGAAGAAGCUUGAAGAGUUCAACCUGAAGAUGAAGCGGAAAUCGACGCAACAAACACCAACAUAAACUCAAAGGCAGUUUGUUAUCUUCACUUUGGCACCAUGAUCUCCUCCCACUAGAAUAGAACCUGCUGCAGACCCAUCCAGACCCUAUGGACAUCAGUUGGCUUACAUUGUUACCUAUCAACCAUUUAUAGAUUUGUAAUCUUUGAGCCACAUCCUUUAAGGCUACAUAGUGAAGAUUUUUUUUCAGAUUGCAUUUAUCUGUAGUAGCAUGGGUACGGUCGGGCUUUUCUUGACAACGUGAUCUGACUAGCAAAAUUGAUUGCCUAUAUAGGCUUUUCGCUUUAAUUAGGUCCUGGAGAUUUUCCUAGGCUGGUCAUUUGGUCAGGAAAAACUCUUAACCCAUUUCUCUGGAUCCUCUUUCACUGUGUAUAUAUACAAAUAAAGAGUUAUUUUAUUUCUUUUUCUCAAAAAGUUACUUCAGUGUGGAAGUCGUGCUGAUGCUCUAAACUAUGCUUCACACUCCGUCCUGUUGGCGGCAGUAUUGGAAUUUUAAUCAUAAGGUGAAAAAUCUACAGAAGCAGGUACAGCAGAAAAAUAAAAUACUUUUUGUCUUUGGCUA